AUGAACGACCAACAGAAAUCUUCCAAUGUUUAUGAUAAUCCAGGAUAUACUGGAUCUAAUGAUAUUGUCAAACAUAAAGGAUUUGAGAAAUCUAAAGGAGUAACAAGUAGUAAAAUAUUAGUAGUCGCUAGUAUUUUAGUCACUGAAUUAUGUGAACGAUUGACUUUCUAUAGUGUAUCAGCUAAUAUGGUGUUAUAUUGUACUAGUGUGUUAAAAUAUUCAGAUCCUGAUGCUACUUCUAUUAGUUUAGUUUUCUCAGGCACAGUAUAUUUGCUACCAAUUAUAGGAGGUUAUAUAGCAGAUUCUAUGGCUGGAAGGUUUAAUACCAUAUUUGGUGCUGGAUUGAUCUAUCUUCUGGGUUUAUUUUUGAUCCCAGCGUCUGCUGUAGAUUAUUCCAGUAUAUUUGGUACAGAUGAAGAUGGAGCUAGAUAUGAUUUAACUGUGCAUUUAUUUCAUCAAUGUUCUACUUAUGCUAUUCUUAUAGUACAUUUCUGUAUUCAGGAAGGUAGAAGAGCAUAUUUUCUUGCUGGAUUAGUUCUAGUUGGAAUUGGUACAGGUGGUAUUAAAGCUAACGUUAGUCCUUUUGGUGCUCAACAAGUAGAAGAUCUUGGAGAAUCUGCUGUUCAAUCAUUUUUUAAUUGGUUUUAUUGGUUUAUCAAUGCUGGGGCGAUGAUUGCUUAUACUGCUGUAGCUUAUGUUCAACAAGAAGUUAGUUUUGCUUGGGGAUUUUUUAUUCCUCUAGCUAGUAUGGUGUUAGCCUUGAUUAUAUUUCUUUCAUUUCGUGGUCAAUAUACUCAUUCACCACCUACAGGAAGUGUUUUAACUACAGUAUUUAAAGUUUGUCGUCAAAGUUGUAAAAGAAAAGCACCAUCAGAAGGUGGAGAGAAGAGAUUUUUUGAUGGAGCUAGAGAUAAAUAUGGUGGUAGUUUUAGUGACUAUAUAGUAGAUGGUAUUAUUUGUGUUUUGCGCGUUGUUCCUAUAUUUUCUAUGUUAAUUAUCUAUUGGGCUAUAUAUUCACAGAUGCAGUCAACAUUUUUUCUUCAAGCUGAAAGAAUGGAUGUUCGUGUUGGUGGAAAACCCAUACCAGCUGCCAUGUUGAAUGUGUUUAAUACGAUUAUUAUUAUUAUUUUAAUACCACUGGUAGAUAGGGGUAUUUACCCACUUUUCCAGAAAUGUGGCAAACAAAUAACCCAUUUACAGAGAAUGGGAAUUGGUAUGAUAUUAGCUGCUUUGUCUGUAACUGUGGCAGGAAUCGUAGAAAUAUAUAGAAAGAAAGAUUUAGAAACUAAUGGAGGAUUUAUUCAAGAAUUAGCUGAUAAGAAUUUUAAUGCGUCUACUUUAAGUGUAUUCAUACAAGUACCACAAUUUGCUUUAGUUGGUGCUAGUGAAGUGUUUGCUAGUGUUUCAGGUCUAGAAUUUGCAUUUACUCAAGCCCCUCAAUCCAUGCAGGGUUUUUUAACAGGAUUAUUUUAUGUAGCAUCAGGAUUAGGAAGUUAUGUGGCUAAUGCUAUUAUUAAAAUUAUAGAAGUUUCUACCAAAUCAGAUCCAUGGUUUCCUAAAGAUAUCAACAAUGGUAAAACAGAAUAUUUAUAUUUUGUAUUAGCUGGUAUAAUGGGUGUUAAUUUUAUUGUGUUUGUGAUAAUAGCAGUUCAUUAUAAAUAUCGUGUUCAACAACCUCUAGUAUCAAUACCUGAUGAUGCUAUAGAAGAUAUUAAUAUUACUAUUGAUGUAAAAGAUUUUAAAAAUGGAGGACCAACAGACUAUAAUUCUAUCGAUGCACAGAAUACCAAAUUGUGAUUGAAUAUAACUGUGAUAUAAACAAAUAUUCCUUGUCAACAUUCUGAAGAGUUUAAAUACAUAAUGAAUACAGAAACACACAAGUUACAGUCACAAAACACUUAUUGGAACCUCAUGUUGGCCUUAUCUAAUUAAACCAUAGGCAUAAUUGUUUCAUUGUUAAAAUUUGGACCAUGUUUACCAGCAUAAGUUAAGCAUUAAUAUAUUAUUAUACCGUUCAGUUUGUAAGCAUUGGCUUUGAUGUAAAUUUAGCUGAAUG